GCUCCCAGACAGCCUGCGCCUGCGCAGGGCUUCCCUAGUGCUUCCGAGGACGCGCCUGCGCACCUAGGACUAAGAUGGCGGCGGCCUGGCGGGGCUGUGGAGCGGCUGCUGCUGCCGCGGGGCUGCGCAGGCGGCUCUGUCUUGUGAUGAAGAAUCCAUAUACCAUUAAGAAAUAUCCUUUGCAUCAAUUUGUACAGAGACCACUUUUCCUACUACCUACAGCCCUACGUAACACAGUGAGAUACAUGUUUAUUCAAACACAAGAUACUCCAAAUCCCAACAGUUUAAAGUUUAUACCAGGAAAACCAGUUCUUGAGACAAGGACCAUGGAUUUUCCUACCGCAGCUACAGCAUUUCGAUCCCCUCUGGCUAGGCAGUUGUUUAGGAUUGAAGGAGUAAAAAGUGUCUUCUUUGGACCAGAUUUUAUCACUGUCACUAAGGAAAAUGAAGAAUUAGACUGGAAUUUACUGAAACCAGAUAUUUAUGCAACAAUCAUGGACUUCUUUGCAUCUGGCUUACCCUUAGUUACUGAGGAAACAUCUUCAGGAGAAGCAGGAUCUGAAGAAGAUGAUGAAGUUGUGGCAAUGAUUAAGGAAUUAUUAGAUACUAGAAUACGGCCAACUGUGCAGGAAGAUGGAGGAGAUGUAAUCUAUAAAGGCUUUGAAGAUGGCAUCGUACAGCUAAAACUCCAAGGUUCUUGUACCAGCUGCCCCAGUUCAAUCAUUACUCUAAAAAAUGGAAUUCAGAACAUGCUGCAGUUUUAUAUUCCAGAGGUAGAAGGUGUAGAACAGGUUAUGGAUGAUGAAUCAGAUGAAAAAGAAGCAAACUCACCUUAAAAUAAUCUGCAUUUUCUUUGGGCACAAAAGUUGGACUUGUUGACAGUAUAUACCAAGCUUUUAUUAUUAAUAUGCUGAGGAACUUGAGGAUUAAUAAAAUAUACCCUUUCUUCGGAGAAUGAUAUAUAAA